AAGAUAAUUACAAUUGAAACAUGCAAAGUUCCGAGAAGGCUUGACUGGAUGGACACAAAGGAGGGUGGCUCGCAUGACUAGAGCAGGCUUAAAGUCAAUUAAAGCUCAUUGUGGACUGAAAUAAAAAAUAUACAUUCAGAGGACGUGAAUCCUUGGAAUUCUUAAUUUGGAAGGGCUCAGUGCAAAACUAAGAUGGAUAGACUUCUAAAUUUUUAAAGAAUCAGGGAGCAGCAAAGAAAAAAAUAGAAUUGAGGUCUUAUAUUAGAUAUGAUUUGGUUCAAAUGAGGAACGGGCUCAAGUUGCCUGAGUUUGCACUCAGUACCUCUGUGGACCAGCUGGCUGAGGUGUCCCAUCUUUAACCUCUCACUACUCCAGUCACUAUUCCUUACAUCUGAUAGUGAGGUACCGGUUGGUGGAAGGGGCAGAGUGGCCUUGUCCCAGCCUCGUCAAUCGUCCCUGGGUGAGGGGCGGACGCGGCUGCAACAGCCGAGUCGAGGGAGGGAGGGUGUGGUCGGGUGCCGUCUCCCUGGCGACGGGCCUCACAGUAGCUUCGUCUGUUUCUGUGCGAAGUUAUGAAGAAAUUCGACAAGAAAAACGAGGAGACGGGAAGUGGAUGCAAUCCUUACCAGCAACUGGAAAAAAGUGUUGUCCUUCAAGAGGCCCGUAUAUUCAAUGAAACUCCACUGAAUCCAAGAAGAUGUUUACAUAUCCUUACAAAGAUCCUCUAUCUGCUCAACCAGGGAGAACAUUUCGGAACAACAGAAGCCACAGAAGCCUUCUUUGCAAUGACCAAGCUCUUUCAGUGCAACGACCAAACCCUUAGAAGAGUGUGUUACUUGACAAUUAAGGAGAUGGCUAACAUUUCAGAAGAUGUGAUAAUAGUCACAAGCAGCUUGACCAAGGAUAUGACGGGGAAAGAUGAUGUAUACCGAGGUCCAGCAGUAAGGGCACUGUGUCGCAUUACAGAUAUUACAAUGUUGCAGGGGAUAGAACGUUAUAUGAAACAAGCUAUUGUGGAUAAAGUGGCCAGUGUAUCCAGCUCUGCCUUAGUUUCCUCUCUGCACCUUGCAUCUACAAGUUACGAUUCUGUGAAGCACUGGGUAAAUGAGGUACAAGAAGCUGCUUCCAGUGACAACAUUAUGGUGCAGUACCAUGCCGUAGGUCUAUUGUUUCAUCUCCGAAAGACGGACCGCUUAGCCAUUACAAAAAUGGUAAAUAAAUUCACCAAGUGUUGCCUAAAGUCCCCAUUUGCCCUUUGCAUGCUGAUCCGCAUUACAAGUAAACUCCUUGAGGAGAACAAUAGUCAGCAGAACAACUCCUUGUUUGAUUUCAUGGACAACUGCUUACGCAACAAACAUGAAAUGGUUGUCUAUGAAGCAGCAUCGGCCAUUGUCCAGCUUCCCAGCGGCACUGCCAGGGGACUAGCACCUGCAGUGUCGGUGCUCCAACUUUUCUGUAGUUCUUCCAAACCAGUUUUGAGAUUUGCUGCUGUUAGAACUCUGAACAAAGUUGCAAUGAGGCACCCAUCUGCCGUGACUGCCUGUAAUCUGGACCUUGAGAGCAUGAUCACGGACUCAAACCGCAGCAUUGCCACACUAGCCAUCACUACACUAUUGAAAACUGGCAGUGAGAGUAGCGUGGAUCGACACAUGAAACAAAUCUCCACUUUUGUGUCUGAAAUAUCAGAUGAAUUUAAGGUGGUUGUGGUGGAGGCGAUCAGCGUACUUUGCCAGAAAUAUCCUCGCAAACACAGUAUUAUGAUGAAUUUCCUAUCCAACAUGCUGAGGGAAGAGGGUGGGUUUGAGUACAAGCGCGCAAUUGUUGAUUGCAUAAUUAAUGUCAUCGAAGAGAAUCCACAGAGUAAAGAAACCGGCCUAGCCCAUUUGUGUGAGUUUAUCGAGGACUGUGAGCACACAGUGCUUGCCACUCGUAUACUUCACCUGUUAGGCAGUGAAGCACAUAGGACUCCUGUUCCUUCCAAGUACAUUCGCUUUAUAUUCAACAGAAUAGUGUUGGAGAAUGAAGCAGUGAGAGCCGCUGCUGUCACGGCAUUAGCAAAACUUGGAGCCCAAAACGAGGAGCUGUUUCCAAGUGUUCUAGUUCUUUUACAGAGGUGCAUGAUAGACUGUGAUGAUGAAGUUCGUGAUCGUGCAACAUUCUAUGUGAAUGUAUUACAACAACGGCAGAAAAUUCUCAACGCAAACUAUAUUUCUGGCGGUUUGUCUGUAUCUAUUCCUGGACUGGAACGAGCUUUGCAUCACUAUACCUUGGCACCUUCAGAUAAACCAUUCGACAUGAAGUCUGUGCCCCUAGCCAAUGCUGUUUAUGUUGAGCAGAAAACUGAAUUUGCCCUUUUUGCGAAUAAACAGCUCGAGAAGAUUAUGCCAUUGCAUCAAGACAUAUUCCAAGAACAGCUUGCAGCUAUUCCAGAAUUCAAACAUCUUGGCCCACUCUUCAAAUCCUCACCACUCAUACAGCUCACAGAACCGGAGACUGAAUAUGUGGUCCAUUGUAUCAAGCACACAUUCCAAAAUCAUAUGGUUUUUCAGUUUGACUGUACCAAUACCCUGAAUGACCAAUUACUAGAGAAGGUCACCAUAGAGGUGGAGCCUUCGGAUGCAUAUGAGGUGGGCUGUUUUGUCCCGGUGCCAACUCUUCGCUUUAACCAACCUGGCACCUGCUACACACUGGUGAUGCUACCCGAGAAUGAUCCCACAGCAGUCUCCUGUACAUUCAGUUGUACAAUGAAAUUUGUCAUGAAGGAUUAUGGCCCCAGUACAGGACUGCCAGAAGCUGAAGGUUAUGAUGAUGAGUAUGUGUUAGAAGACUUGGAAGUGACUGUUUCUGAUCACAUACUGAAGGUCUUGAAGCCCAAUUUUACAAUUGCUUGGGACGAAGUAGAUGAGUUUCAGAAAGAAGAAACAUUUGCACUGUCUUCUGUGAAGACGUUGGAUGAGGCUGUGAAUAAUAUAAUUCGUAUCCUCGGUAUGCAGCCAUGUGAAAGAUCAGAUAAGGUACUGCCAAAUAAAAACACCCACACUCUCUACCUGGCAGGUGUUUUCAGAGGUGGUUAUGAUGUCCUUGUACGUGCCAGAUUAGUAGUGGCAGAAGGAGUAACAAUGCAAGUGACUGUCCGAAGUCAAAUAGAGAUGGCUGUGGAUGUUAUUCUGAAUUCUGUUGGUUAAGUUCACACUGGUUUAAUCCAUUUCAGUUUAUCCCAUUAGGAAAUGUUGUAUAUUUUACUUACUGGAGACUAAAUUAAAGUGAAUUAAACAUAAUAUUUAACGUUUAAACUGGGAUUUUGGGAGAGAAUUUUCAGUUUGCACCAAGUUAAAUACUGUCAUGCAGCAUUGUUGGAGCCCAGUCAAUACCAAAAUUCAAAUGCGUGAACUACCCAUGAACAGCAAUGUUGCUGAAAUUUUAUUUUUGGGCUGUUUUAGUUUUUGCAUGUGGUUUGUGUCAAGUUUUUAACGUCUGGAGAUCCUAGAGCCAAAUCUUCCCUUAAGAAUUAUUUUUUUUUUUAAAUCAGUUCCAUAUUUGUUGCAAUAAAGGCAAGGGAAAAUCCAAAAAGUACAUUUUUUGAUGUCUGAAUUACAAUCAGCAAGGUGUUGCUUUACAUACAGAGUAUGGCUGAAUAUUCCUUCAAUCUAUGAUAUUUGCAAAUGUUUACAAGUGUGUCAAAUGUUAAGGAAUUAAAAACUAUCCAUUUAGUUUAAAGAAUAAAUGUGAAUAUUUACAGAAAGAUUUGACCUGUUUAUUUUUAUUGUGUACAAAAGUCAUACAUUCGGUUUCAUUAUAAUUUAAAUUAAAUAGAGUAAACCUCCAAUAAUCCACUAAACAGCAAUAAAAUUGGUUCAUUUUCCAGCUCUCCAGGUGCUGAUUCCUGUGUUCCCUUUUCACACCCUGGUACCCAUGCUCCAUUUAAACUCACUGUGGCCAUUGUUCUCAAUAGUCCAGCACCGAAGUCACAAACAUGCUGGAUUACUGGAGUUUACUGUAUGCCAUUGUUGAUAGAAACAUAGAAAAUAGGUGCAGGAGGAGGCCAUUCGGCCCUUCGAGCCAGCACCGCCAAUCAUCGUGAUCAUGGCUGAUCGUCCCCUAUCAAUAACCCGUGCCUGCCUUCUCCCCAUUCAAUUUUGGCUAUCCUUGAAAUAAGUUGUUCAUCA